AUGGAUGAGGACUUGGGAUGUCUUUCAGUUGGAGCCGAGAAGCCGUUUGGCGCAAUAUAUAGUGGAUACGAGGGCUUGAGCGCUGCUUACCAGCAAUUUCCCAAACAAGGUGGGUUUCAGAGUUUAUCCAUCGACAUGUAUCCAUCAGAUCGAGUUAGCUUAACAGCGAUACCAUCCCCAUCUUCAUCAGCGGAUCUAAGCGUAGCAGAUUUUUCUAACUCUGAAAGCUCCAAGCCUGCUACACCACAUGCUCUAAUAUUGGAUGAUGGGCAGCAGAAUUGUAUAUCCAGUCAAGAAAUAAACAAUUCCCUGUCGACACUCAACAGCGUUGUAUCUCCUCAGAACUCUCAGUGCUCAUUAAUUUCUGACGUUGACAUCAUUCAACAAGCGCACAUGAACAAUACUUUCCAGGAGGCUAGGAAAGUUCAACCAUAUUUGCAGUCUUUCUUCAUGAACAACAAAGCCUCGACUGCAGCCAGUGGCGUAUCAUCAGACACAGGAGAUGCGGAGGAUCCAGCGAUCAAGAGGGCCGAGCAAAACCGAGCUGCACAACGUGCAUUCCGCCAAAGGAAACAACAGUACAUCAGAUGGCUUGAGAGCAAAGCCGAGGAGUUGGAUGAAGUCUACCGGAUCAUGGCUCUGGUCAGGGCAGAAAAUCAACAUCUUCGCAAGCUUGCCAUUGAAAUGGAAAUGGGUCUGAAUGAGCAUAAGGAAGGAUGUGCAGGGGCCUCGCCGCGCCCUCCAUCUUCCUCUUCUAGUAUCACCGUUGGUGCGCCAGCAUAUUCCUCCAGUAUGAUGGGAGGCUUGAUAGGGCCAGGUCUCGACCAGUCAAUAACCAGAGAAGUUUCGGCGCGUUUGAUGAACCUUUCCACAUUCCCGAAUUUAGGGCCUAAUGGCGAACACGAGAGGGCUGCGGUUAGCAGACCAAAAUAUCAUCCUCGAAAUACGAGUGGCGGCAAGAGUCAUCGUACUAAAGGAAACAUAGCAUAUAAGCUGGAUCAAAUCAAGCAACAGCGGCAACGGGAGGAGCGCAAAGCGCUGAUGCAAUGCCGCCAAGCCCUCCAAAUCCAUGAGCAACAGCAUGAGAAGGCGAUAUAUCAUCAACAGCAGCAGAACGAAAAUUUUGCAGAUGCUGUCAAUUCAAUGACCAAUGCCAUUGAAGGCUUAAACGAGGAAACUGGCGCCAAUCCGUCGAUAUCUUUGGGUAUGGUCCCCCCUAAUGUGGUUCCAACAUCGACCUCGCAUCCUUCUGCCACCACCAAACCUGUAAGCAUCCAGUUACCGCAGCCUCAGAGCACUUUUUUAGAUUCGAUGACGAAUAACGCCAGCUCCAUUACUCCUGUCAGCUGUGCGCUCCCCACUCCUCCUGCACAGUUCUUUUCAAUACCCCAGCCAAUAAUUUACACACAACAGACCUCUCUUCCUAAUCAAGACGACUUGCUAAAGUUACAGAACACGCAUGCAUCAUUUGGAACAGGCGCGCAAGGUACAGUCAGCCACCCAAGAGUCAUACCGCCAAUAGGCCCUUCGCAUGGUUUGCAUGCCAGCACUAUUGAGCAGCGGCCAUUUAUGUUGCAACAACAACAACAACAACAACAACAACAACAACAACAACAACAACAACAGCAGCAGCAGCAGCAACAACAUCAGCAACAUCAGCAGCAACAACAACAACCGCUACAGCAACGGCAGCUACACUCGAUAGGGAACCUUCCACAAAUAGUGUCCAGUUAUCAAGGCCUCCAAGGGCCUCCUCUCGGAUGGGUAUCUUCUAACAGUUCACAUCCUUAUCAUGUACAGAGUACAUCCAGUUGCUGGGGUGAGGACGACAUUCCUGGUUUAGGCCGCGUAAGGCGAUCAUCAAUGCCUACGCUUCGACAUUCGUCAUUGGAUGGUCAGGGACAACGAGGAGUGCAGCAGUCUAUUAAUGGAUUCAUGCCAGCUCCAACUUUCAUAACAGACAGGAGUCAUCAGCAGGCAGUACAACAUCAACAACAGCAGUAA